ACAACUGUCAAGAGGGGACGGAGAGAAAAAAGGGUUAAUUAGAGGAAGAGAAGAGAAAAGGGUAGCUCGGAAUUGUCACAUGAUUUGCAACAGUGCAAAAGGGGCCAGCAACAUCUGUAUCCAUUAUGUAGGUUUAUUAGAAUUUAAGGAGAACAAGUAGCCUGUCCGAAUAUUGUUGAUUCUCAAUUUUCUUUUUAUUUCUUUCUUUUCCUUUCGUACCAUAAAAGCCUAUCUAAUAUCUUAAACUUAUGACUCUAAUUCUUCUGCUGAAUGAUAUGCCAAAGACACCCCAAAACUAAGACCAUUUAUCCUCUUUCUCUUUUUCCCCUUCCAAACAUUUCAAAGAACAGCAUCAUCCAAGACUAAAUCCAGCACAAUCUGUCCAUGAGUUAUGUUCUUUAAAGUUUUAACAAUAAGGCCACGGAGGUUCUCCAUAGGUGACUAAGUGAAGAUAUGUUUGGAUAUAUAUGCAGUGUUGCAGACAUGAUCAAUAUAUAGGCUUGGAAGAGAAAGAAACGAGGCACAUCAUCAUCAUCGUGAAUGGUUGGUGUACUUUAGGGGAAAAGACAUGAAAUGCCAUUUAUAAUUUGUACACAUUAAUAAAGAAUUAAAGUUGGAGGUGAUCCUGAUCGAGCAACAACAAAUAAAUAUGUCAGAAGAAUAUGAGAGGAGUGAGGAACAUGCUGAUGAUGACUCUUCAAUGGGAUCAUCCCAGAAAUGCUCAUCCUUUGAUUUGAAUGAAGAAGCUAGUAGUGAAGAUAACAAUGACAACGAUGAGGGGUAUGAUGAGGAAGCAAAAGACGAAGGUACUUCAACUAAUAAAAGUAGCAGCAUAACGAAGGAAGGAAGUAAUGAACGAAGAGGUGGCGUGAGACAAUAUGUUAGAUCAAAGAUGCCUCGGCUCCGGUGGACACCUGAACUUCAUCUAUCCUUUGUACAUGCUGUUGAAAGGCUUGGUGGUCAAGAAAGAGCAACACCCAAAUUGGUGCUUCAGCUAAUGAAUGUGAGAGGCCUCAGCAUUGCUCAUGUCAAGAGUCACUUGCAGAUGUAUCGAAGCAAGAAACUCGACGAGGCUGGGCAAGUAUUAGGUCAAACAUAUAAAUCAACCCAUGAACUUGGUCGUAUUUUUCAUGUAGCCCAUCAGUCCAUGAAUCCUCGUCAACAUUUUAAGAUGGGAAAUGGUGGAAUUAUUCUAGCAAGUGAUUACAACGAUCGCAGUUAUUUCCAUGGUCUCAUGCAUCCCUCCUCCCUAUCACCUUCACAAUCAAAAGCCAUCGAUUCAAGGCACCAACAAUGGUACUUCAAUAGUCAUCAACCUUAUAGAAGACCAAGUUACUUUAGCAACGAAGUUGUCUCCUCAACAACCUUACAAACGCAAGGAAGAUCAAUGUCUUCAAACCAAAUUAACCUAAUGGAUGCUACCAGCAUUGCACCCAUGAAACCAAGCCAGUUUCUUGAAGAGAAAAAGUGGCCUCCCUUAGAUAUUAUGAACAACCAUCACUGGAAGAAAAGGCUACCUGCCAAUAUUAGUUCAAAUAGUGGGUCGCAACCUGUUGUACAUCAAUUUGGCACCACUUCACCAUCUCUAAGACCUAGCGAGUUGAACUUCGGAAACAACACAAGAAUCAGCUGGGAACAUCUAUCAAACUCCGACGAGCAUCGUAACUAUUCCAACAGUUUAAAGCUAGAAUUGGAGCCUCUUUUUCGGAUUAAGUCGAAUCAAGAAAAAUUGCAGAAAGAGAAGCAAUGGGCGCCUGAUUUGCGACUGAGUUUAAGUCAGAGAGACGGCAACAAUGAUGGCAAGACUGAUCAUUGCAGAGAAACCCAAGAAAUCAACACGAAACUUUCACUUUCAUAGAAAAUUAUAACCAUGUCAAUGUAUAAUGCAAAUACCACAGCCUAGCCAUUCAUAUAGUCUGAGUGAAGAUAUAUAAUCGAUACUAAAACAAAGUUACACAAUUAUAUGUCACUAGCUACAACGCUAAAUUGUGGGCUUGCCAGUACAUAGGGUUUCUCCCCCACACUCAAAAAAAUAAUAAUAGUUAAAUCGGAUUGGAGUGUAAAAUGAAUGUGGUGGUCGUGAUUACGAGUGAGUUUUAAAGAGAGAUUUUUUGUGUGCAAGUAUUUGGUUUGAUAAGGCACAAAGUAAAAUAAAAGAGAGUGAAGGAAAAUAAAAUAACACUUUGCAUCAUGUUCUGGCCUUAACCUUUUGUGUAAGUAUAUGCAAUGGAUAUUUUAGCUCAACAACACUAGGAAUAUGGCGAUCGAUCAGGCCUCAAUUCCUGCAAGAGCUCCAACUGCACCUACAGAGAAGAAUAUUAAUUUGUGUUGGAAAAUGCAUGGAUUAAUUUAGUAGCUAUGUGUUAGAAAGAAAUUGACUUAAUUGCACACAAGCUGAGUUUUAUGAUGAUGAGCGUGGAUUUUUUCCUUACUAGUGAUUGUGUUUUUGGUUUGUUGAAUAUCACUAGCUGUGUAGUUGAAAUUAAGUUUUUGAGCAGAUAUAUGGCAGCUGUAUAAAGAGAGUACUUGAAUUGUU